ACUUUGUAACUUUUUUUUUGGUGAAAAAAAAAACCUAAAAACACAGAUGAAUUUGAAAUAAUAGAAAAAUGAAAAAGUUAGUAGGUCUAAAAAAUUAUAAGCCGACGAAGGUGGGAAGCAAGUUGGGCCGUCACGCCCUUCCAAAAGCCACACUCCCCCUUUGAUUUUUCUUUCUUUAUAAAUCAUUCUCCCCUCAACCAACCCCUCUUGUAGUCUCCGCUCAUCCACCCUCCCUUUUCUGUUCUCGACUUGUGCAGCGCAGUUGCAUAAAGAAAUGGCGACUUUUCAAAUCUCUUCCACUAGCAUGACCACCAAGGCGGUUCUUAGAAGCCAGCCGACCAACAAGCUUAUCGCUAACAAGAGCCAACAAGUCUCCGUUGGAUCCGUCAAGAAAGUCUCGAGAUCCUUUGGCUUGAAAUGCUCAGCCAAUUCAGGUGCCACCAUGAUGUCAGCUGUAUACAAGGUCAAGCUCAUAGGACCCGAAGGCGAAGAACACGAGUUCGAGGUCCAGGACGACCAGUUCAUAUUGGACGCAGCUGAAGAGGCAGGAGUUGACUUGCCUUACUCUUGCAGAGCCGGAGCUUGUUCCACCUGCGCCGGUCAGAUCGUGAAAGGACAGGUUGACCAGUCUGAAGGUUCGUUUCUUGAGGAUGAUCACUUGGAGAAAGGUUUUGUCUUGACAUGUGUGGCUUACCCGCAGUCGGACUGUGUGAUCCAUACCCACAAGGAAACUGAACUCUUCUAAGUCACGGUGGUAGUGAUGCCCAAUUGUCAUUUGAGUUAUUGUUAUUAUUGUUAUCAGUUUCCUUCUACGAAUUUGGGUGUGUUUAAUUGUAUGCUUUUGUAUGGAAACGUCUCAGGAUAUGCCUUUUAGUGUUCAUCAGUCUUCACCGGGUUGCAACUGGUUAAUAAAAUGGUUAAAUGUUAUUCAGUCAAUCA